AUGCCAUAUAAGGUGAGACACCAUCCGGAUGAAGGAGCCAAGAAGAAAGAUCGUGAAAGCUCGAAGGGUCGAAGUGAAGAAGCAAAUGAGUCUAAAAAAGGUCAAAGGAGAGAGGGAGUGAGGUAUCCAAGUCUUAACAUUGGACUGGGAGAACUCCACAAGAAAAUCAGAGAUUCGCUCCCUAUCCCAAGACCGUUAUUCGAAGAUAGUAAAAGCAAAUUUUGUGCUAAUCACAACGACCAUGGACAUACCAUAGACACUUGUCGAACGCUGGCGUCCGAAGUCCAGAAAAUGAUCGAUGAAGGAAAGCUCCAACAGUACGUGAAGAAGGAUCCAUCGCGUAUCAACGCACUGAAUCUACAAGAAAUAUUAGUAAGCCAUGCAAAAAUCGAUUAUGCUUCAAGAAAAGCUCAUGAGAACGCAACGCACCUGAAGAUACGACAAAUACAAGAUUGGAGAAUCUCGAACAAAGUGGAUUAUGUCAAUCUGAUAGGCACUGAAACUCUGGAAGAGGGGAAAACCGAGAUAUCAUUUACAAAUGCUGACUUCAACGGAGUUUAUCGUCCACAUAAUGAUGUGAUUGCGAUUCUUGCCCUCAUCGGAAUGUACAAGGUGCGACGUGUCUUGAUUGACACUGGGAGCUCAAUAAGCGUCAUUUUUUCUGGAGCAUACUCCUCAAUGAAUCUAAACAAAGGGCAAGUUGAAGCAGACGACAAUCUGAUUGUCGGGUUCAGUGGCGAAACUAUGACUGCAAUUGGAAGGGUCAAUUUGCCAACCACUGUAGGAGGAAAAACGGUCAUGCAAUAUUUCUCACUACUUGAUUAUCGUGCGCCUUAUAAUGCGAUACUCGGUCGUGAUUGGAUCAAUUCUAUGGAGGUAAUAACUUCCACAGUCCAUCAAUGUUUAAAAUUUGUCACACCAGCCAGGGUAGUGAAGGUCAGAAGAGAUCAAGUGGCAUCACACAAGUGUCAUGAAAGCGCAAUGGAGGAAUACCGGAAGUCAGAAGUGAAAGGUUGUGAGAUACUCCAAGUCGAGAAGAAGUUAUAG